GGCCACCCCAGGUCUCUCAGGGGGUCCGUGGGUGAUUGUCAAAAAGUUGCUUCGGAUUCGACUGUAUUUAUUUUCCCCCCUUUACCUUCUCCAGUCGCUCUACUUCACUACCUGCUCUUUUCCUUCUCUUCUUGGUACCUCCCGUUCAAUUGGUGUGCCGUCGUCUUUCCCUUGGAAAUUGACCCUUUUUGUUCUACUUCUACCCCUUUUAAUCUUCGCAAUUCUUCACAAUGGCCCCUUCUGCUCUCGAACGUGAGGACGUCGCGCGUGACGCUGCCUUCAACAAGGCCCUCCAUGGCAAGUCUGCUAAGGCCCAGGGUGGUCUCGCUGCCAUGCGCGGCAAGGACGCCGCUGCGCAAAAGGCUGCUGUCGACGAGUACUUCAAGCACUGGGACAACCAGGCUGCCGCCGAUGAGACCCCCGAGAUUCGUGAGGCUCGCAAAGCUGAAUACGCUACCUUGACUCGACACUACUAUAACCUGGCCACCGACUUCUAUGAGUAUGGCUGGGGUUCUUCCUUCCACUUCUGCCGUUUCGCAUACGGUGAGCCUUUCCUCCAGGCUAUUGCCCGCCACGAGCACUACCUCGCCCUCCAGGCUGGUAUCACAGAGAACAUGAAGGUUCUGGAUGUUGGCUGUGGUGUCGGUGGUCCCGCUCGCGAGAUGGUCAAGUUCACCGGUGCCCACGUUACGGGUCUGAACAACAACGACUACCAGAUCGACCGCGCCACCCACUACGCCGAGAAGCAGGGUCUCUCUGACAAGAUGGCCUUUGUCAAGGGUGAUUUCAUGCAGAUGAAGUUCCCCGACAACAGCUUCGACGCUGUCUACGCCAUUGAGGCUACUGUCCACGCCCCCGAGCUCGUCGGUGUCUACAGCGAGAUCUUCCGUGUCCUGAAGCCCGGUGGUACUUUCGCCGUCUACGAGUGGCUCAUGACUGAUGAGUACAACAACGAUGACGCCGAGCACCGCCGCAUCCGUCUCGGUAUCGAGCAGGGUGACGGUAUCUCCAACAUGGUCAAGAUCUCCGAAGGUCUCGAAGCCAUGAAGAACGCCGGCUUCAACAUCACCCACCACGAGGAUCUGGCGGCUCGCCCCGAUCCCAUUCCCUGGUACUACCCGCUGGCGGGCUCCUUCAAGCACAUGGGUUCGGUCUGGGACUUCUUCACCAUUGCCCGCAUGACCUGGUGGGGUCGCGGUCUUGCCCACCGCUUCGUGGGUGCCGGCGAGAAGAUCGGUCUCUUCCCCCGGGGCUCCCAGAAGACCGCCGACAGCCUGGCUCUGGCCGCUGAUUGUCUGGUUGAGGGUGCCCAGAAGAACCUCUUCACCCCCAUGUACCUCAUGGUUGGCAAGAAGCCCGAGUAAAUGCUUGACCGGCGUUUGUGAUUCUUAUGUACAAAAUAUUACCCUCGGCGUGCACGUUCGCCCCUGGUGUCUCUUUUCUGCCCGCUCAUCCUUUUACAAUUUCUUCCUCGUUUUCAUUCAUAUGACACCGGGGCACCUUUUCUUGGCUCACUUCUGACCUAGUAUUGGUAGAGAACGAGCCACCUGUGCCGCGUUCUCCUGAUAGAUGGUGAUUAUUGAUUUUUCUUUCUCUUUCUGUUGUUUCUUUUACCUGUCAAGAUAGCUAUGUAAUAGUCAUUGAGUCAAGAAUAACGAACAAGGGACGGAUAUUCCGCGUUAAUAUCAUUUAUAAUUUAUUCCGC